AUGAAUGCGAAGAGGCCUCAAGAGGUUCAGAAUACAAAUAAAUUGAAGAAUAAGGAUGCAAGUAAAAUCAAAGAAUUUGUAGCCCAUCUUGAGCAGCGAUCUAAAUUGCAGGAUAAAAUUCAAAAGUUGCGUAUGAAGAAACAAAGAAUUACUAAAUUAAUGAAUUAUGCUUCUCAGGAGUCUAUUCCAAGUUCAUCCUCUCAGCUCAAUAUGUCCUCUGAAUCGGGAGAUAUCGAUCUUAAAGACAAAGUUAUGAGUCAAGAAAAUGUCAGCGGGAUACCCCUCGGCUCAGAAUGCGCCUACACUUUCUCCCUCCAAGCAAACCCAGCUUCCCUUCCCCCCUCGGCUCAAGCCCAAAACGACCAGAUUUGUUCUAAAAUCAAAGACGUCCUUAACCAAAUAGACAAUAAGUUAUUGCAGGAGUAA